GGGAACAGUGUUUGGGCCAAUGGGAAAUCAGGCCACAAUUUCAAGGGAAGGAACUGUCACAUUUGCAGUUGUUAUAGUAAUUGAUGAAACAUUCGAGCCAGAUCUGCAGAACGUGAAUAGUUUGGCUUUCAAAAAUAUGACAAGGAGAUUCCUCGAAUUCUUGAUUCCAUUAUACCAAAAUAGAACUGGUUUUCUCGGCAUUAUCUUUAUUUCAUAUUCCGGGGGAAGUGUUGUUGCAAAUGUUGAAUUAUUAUUUAAUUCGAGCGAACCAAUUCCGACUGUUGAGGAAGUUCGAUCACCAAUCGCUGAAGCAAGAGAUAAUGGAUCUGCGCCGUUCACUAUUUCGAGUUUAAAAGUCACGAGAAAGGGCGAGUCACAAGAUGGAUUCGAAGCUUGGAAGAUUGGUGUCGCUGUUUGUUUUGCUUUCGUACUUCUUCUUCUUAUUUUUAUUUCAGCUGUGGUGAGUAUUAGUUUUACGUUGGGAAGGUUAAAUGCAGGCAGUAAUAAAAUGAUCUGCUUAUAAGAUUGCUUAUUGAUACCUUUUUGAUAGUGUCGCCAUUAGCCUAUACAUUAGGCCUAUGUCAACAGUAACAAGACAAAAAAGACAAUACAGCUAAAUAAUAAAUUUUGUGUGGAAGGAGGAACAAAUACGGUUUCCUUUUCUUCCAGUUUGUGCCAAACCAAUCACAAAACAUGAUUAGGCCUAUUUUAGGUUAAUAUUUCCUUUAUUUACACUUUUGGAGCAUAGAAAAGGUGUAAAAUUGUAAUUGACUGACACGCAUUGAAAUGAACAUUAAACUGCCUUUUCGAAUUCCGUUCGAAUGUUUAGAAGAUUGUUACAUACAAUGUCAAUGUGAACCAAAAAAAUUGUUCCCUGACAGCAACGUACCCUACAUGAUAUUUAUUUAUUGACACAUUUAUUCAUGAACGUUUUCUAUAUUAAUUCCAUACCACACAAAACAACACCAAUCGUAACACACCUCAUCAUACGCAAAAAUAUCUUGGAUAAAAUAUCCUCCCAUGAUAAAUCUAUGUCCAAACAAACUAUUUUCGUAUCCCUCCUCUUUUGAUAUUUCGAAAACGAAUGCAAAUUUAUUAUUUAGAUACUCGACCAAAAGUAGUGAGUUAAACAGUCUGUACUACAAUAGCAUUUGUGACUUCAAUGGAAAGUAUCUGUAAAAAAAAUUUGUUCACGGGAAGUGCUUUUGUAUUGUGUUUUCCUCGCUCAUUACAUUCACUAAUUCGCUUUGUGAAAACAAAUUGGUGUGUGCAAAAAUACCACAUGCGGGACUUCCCAUGAAGAAUUGUUUUUUUCUAGAACCUUUCACUAGAGAACGAUGUGCUUUCAUAUUUUGCAAGUAGUAUGUAUCUAUUUUGUCGUUAAUUAUGAAACGAUCUUCUAGGAAAUUGCUUUUUUGAUUGCAGGUUAUUGUUAAUGGACGCAAAGGAAAACAGACACGGUAUAAUUUGAAAGAUCGUAGAAAUAGCUUUGACUUGGAUUUUGAUCUCUUUUCCUCCGAUGGUGAUAAAUCUAAUGGCAUUCCGGUAUGAAUGACAUGUCUUAUUUUAACUUACAAAUAUUUGAAAAUAUUUGGAAACGAUUCGGGGCUCGUAGCUCCUAUUUUUGAAUGGGCCGUUUUCUACAUAUACCACACAGUUACUUAACUAUAAUUACAUAAAUGCUAUGACCAAACAAUAUAACAAAACAUAAUAGUAAAAUAAAAAUAGCAAAAAUAUUAAUAUAUUUGCAUGCUGUAAAUAACAUUAAAAACUCAUUAAUAAUUCAUAAGCGUGUCGUAUGUAUAUGUGUGAUAGAGAUUUCCCUUGGAUUUACAUAAACUUUAACUUUGAUUACACAACGUAUUUCUUGAGAAUUACUUCGCCAAUGAACUUACUAGAUCCAUCGUUUUUGAAGCAAUUUAAAACCUUCGCAUGCAGUGUGUGUUUUAUCAGACCUAAAGAUACUCGGCUUCGCCUCGUAUGUUUACAGCUGAUAAAACACUGUCUGCUGCUUAUUAACCAUAUUUACAAAGAUAAUGUUAAAUCAUGCGGGUGCCGUAAAGAAUGCAUUUAAAUUUCUUAAAGAUGAUGUCCACUCCUGUGCACAUGCGCGAACUUUGUUUACGUUUUGAACUGCUAUACUUUUAAAAUAUGAUAUUCUAACUGAAUAUCUUAAACUUUUCUGGUUCGCUUUACUUACAAAUGAAUAUAAACUGUAAGUUUCAAUUCAAUUCAAAAAAGUUCGAAAGAUGCAAAAUUUGGGCAAUGUUUAUAUCUGUGGGUCCCCCUUUGUUAUAAGCAGAACGGAGUGGACAUCAUCUUGAAGGCUCAUGCAUUUUUCUUCGGCUGUAUGCUCUUCUUCAUAAAGUUUGUUUCUAGCUUUCCAGAUACAUAAUUGCUGUUAUAUAUCAAUAUAGUGUGGUAAUUGUGUAUAUACACGCAGUAUCUAGGAAGAAGUUAUAUUAAUAAAGUUUUUACUUUUUUAUUAUUAUCAUGUUAUCAUAUUAUCGUAUUUUAUUAACACUGGUUCUUACUUCUUUUUCUAGAAUUACGCGGAGUCAUUUGAAAUGGACGAGAGAGGCGACAUUUAUAUGUAAUCAAAAAAUGAGAAGCCCAUAUUGCCUAAGUAAAACUAGAAACUGCACCAGAUGUAGAAACAAGCUUAGAUGUCUGAAGAUUUGUAAUCCAGGCACAACAUUAUGCAUGGAUUACAAAUCUUCUGACUUAUUUGUUGAAGUUAUACAGGUUGAAAAGAUAACUUUUAUCGAGCAUUCAGCACGGUUCUUCGAAACAUAUAUAUUCACAGCACUUCGCACAAAUACGAAUAUACUUAUUAACUUCAGCAUUACCAUAUAAAGGGCAUGAAAUAUUAUGCGUGCAAUACCCCACCUCCAAAUCAUUACUUUCUUGCAUAUAUAAGCACAGAUAUGGGAGGUGGUGGAAGUAUGGUAGGUCAAAAUACUUUCGCCAGUCACGUGCACACACAUAAAAACACAGAUGUUUCGUCGAUCCGCGUUAGUGUCAGCACGAUAAUUCAGAGACUAUCUGAGUAAAAAACUAUCGAUAUUUUAUGGCUAUACAAAACACUAACCGGACUGACUUGAUCAAAAUAAAAUGAAAACAACAUAAUUGGUUAUGACUAAUAUUGCCAAAACAAUAGAGAUGCAGAAUUUUCCGACAAUGCAUGAGUGAUGAGUCCAUGCCACUGUUGUUACUGUUAAUGAAACUCAGUACCACGCAACAUGUUUGAAAAUUAAAGAUGCAAAAUCUUGAUUAAUUUUGUAUCACUUUAAUUAAACUUGGUCAAAGAAUAAUUAUCAAGUUAAUAAUUAUUAAGCCUAACUGUACAAUUAAGUUACAUGUAAUAGAGUAUUGUUUUAACUUUGUACCUCCAUAGGCUAUUCUUUGGCUGUUCCACGUUUUGAUGCCUUGGACCAUUUCUUGUAGUACAUAUAACACAUUCCCACAAAGUUAUAGAGAAAAGACAAUGUUAGUUCUGCCAGUUAGGUCUGGCAAGUGCUAGUGCACCACUACUCUUGCUACUUGAACAUUCGAACAAACUUGUAUUAAUUUCUUGUCCAUGACUUACAUCACCCUAAAUGAGAAAUGUCCAUUAUACUUAAUUAUAAAAUAGUGACAGUAUCAUUAUAACACACUUUAAAAAAUAUUGAGUCACAUAUCCCAGGCUUCGAUUACAGGGAAAUUUAAUGUAGAGUAGAACCCAACCCAGCUGUUCAGUUAGACAUUAUUUAUAUGUGAUCACCCACUCCCAUUGAGCGCCAGCGCGCUCCUGUUGAUGAGUAAAAUUGUCAGUGUUAGACAAAGUAACAUAAUAAAGUAGGGUGCCAUGCAACUUAAUGGGUUCAUUGUUAUGGUAUGCCAAAUAAAUUGUCUCAAGCAAUUUUUCACAUAUGAGUUCUGGCAUUUAUAGGCCCUAUAGGUUGAACCCAUUAAGCUGCCAUGUACCCAAGCUUAUUAUUUCACUCUCAGACCGUCUAAUGCCAGGCAAUUUUACUUUUCAAGGGGACAGUCUUGCCAUUAAUGCAUUAAUUGUAUUUCUUAACUCCCAAAGUUUCAUUUUACAUCACAAUAUAUCACAAAUGAUCUUGCAGAUCUAAGAGAGGAAGUUAACAAAUAAUGCCUAACUGAAUCGUUGGGCUCUACUCCAAUACUGGGGACACCACCACUGAAGCUGCUCUCAAACAUGUCAUCAAUCAAUUUAACGAUUGGUUAAUUGUCAGCGCAUAAUUUUGGUGAAUGCCAGGUGGCUGGCACACGUACUCUACACCUUUCAUUCCUACAAAUACCUAACCACAACUUUAAUGACUGUGGGAUUUAUAGAACUCUGACAAACUAUCGGUUGGGCAAGAUUUAUUUUGUUAACCCGACCGCGCACGGAUGAGGGACUGUGGAAGAGUCAGGGAAAAAACACAAAGCUAUUAAAAUUAGUUUUUAAGACAAUAAAGCCCCGUACUACUUUUUUGGUUCUUGGACUACCUAAAUAGGUAGUGGUACGGGUACCAUUUUAAUUUAUCCGUGUCGUACCAAAAGUUGAGCGUAGUGUAAACGGGGCUUCAAUGGAAAUUUGCCCACCUACCUACAAGCUUAUCUUUGUGUUCGUGGCUUGGAGUAUAAAAUACGAAAUUCUGAAAUGAAAUUAAACUUGCCCAAUCCGCGAACAAAUUACUUGAGGUAAUUCCGCAGUAAUUGUUCCCGAAAUGAGAAGGUGCUGAAACUUCCCAGGCAUGGAGUUUAUGAUAUACUUAAAGUAAAAUCACACAAAAAAGUCGGGGUCACCAAACUCGUUAAGAAGAUAUGACAUUCACAAUAU